UAUACUGUAGAUUGAAAUCGCACUCUGACUCUCCCUGUACGAUGACAAUAAAGAUAUUAUUAUUCAUAAAAUUAGAUUUCGCGGUCUGGUGUUUCUAGCCAAUCAGAACGGCGCACAUUUAAAGAGGGCGUGGUUAUUUUUUUUGGUUUUGUUUUUUUUGGAACGCGGGUGCGGAACGGAAUAACGGUCGCGGCGCGCGCAGGCUUAUUAGCUGCAGGUGCACGCGCUGGUUCUGCUCCUUUAAAACGCUGGUGCUCUGUUAAGCAUCUCGGGAGAAGCAGCGUCCUCUCAGCGUGCAGCGCGUCUCCUCCUCAACAGCUGCGGGCUUUUAUGUGAAGAUAACAGCAAUAACGACGCCCAUAAAGGUUUGUGCUUGAAAGAUAUAGACCCCCUUCAUCUAACAACUCUUGGACUGAAGAUCCCUAGAGAUGGAAGGUCAGUGAGCUCUCUCUAUGGCUCAGAGGAAGAGGCCUGGGGCCAGUAGCAGCAUGGCCUCAGCAGAGCUUCAUGCUCCAGCACCAUGUCCCUGCCCCACCCCUUAUCCCAGCAAAGAGUGUGAAGAGCGACAAGACUCUGAAACCCCCAUACCCCCUUACUGUGACCAAGAGGAGGUGGAUCUGCCCAGCAGCCAUCCUGCCACCCCAGAUCACACCCACUCCAACUACCAUGGCCAUCCAGACAGCCUCGAUGGAGACUCAAGCUCGGACUACGUCAACAAUACAUCAGAGGAUGAAGAGGACUACGAUGAAGGACUGCCUGAAGAAGAUGAGGGAGUGACAUACUACAUCCGCUACUGUCCGGAGGAUGACAGUUACCUGGAGGGGAUGGACUGUAACGAGGGCAGGUAUGGGCGCACUGAGCCACCCCCAGAAACAGACGAGUGCCAAGAAGCAGUGGAGGAGUGGGUGGAGGGUGAUGGUGAGGUGCGCUGUGAAGUUCUGGAGCAGGACUCGGAUCAGCAGAUAUAUGACGGGAGACCUGAACCAGUCCUUGAUCACCAUCCACACCAUCAGUACCAUCACCAGGACCAAGCUCUUCCUCAAACACAGGAACAAGAGGAGGAUGAUGAGGAGAGUGAGGAGUAUUGCCCUAAUGAAGAGGAGGAACCAGAGGAGGAACAAGACAGAGAGGUCUACACAGGGGACUACUAUGCCCCAGAGGACAAUGGGAACUCCAUGUAUGCAGGCCACAAGGGCAUAGAGGGUGAAACAGGUGAAGAGACAGAGGAAGACAUUGAUCAGAUUGUAGCUGAGAUUAAGAUGAGCAUGAGCAUGGGCAGUCUGAGCAGUGGGACCGAUCAGAGCCCGGAGGAGCUGGCACCCGUGCCCGGGCGUUACCAGGCUGAAGCUGAGCCCAAAGCCGAACCAGCUCCUUACCCCACACCACACCGCCAUGACGGCAGACCCAAAACCCUCAACAUCCCCCCUGCUGGGCACAACCCACAGCCACAGAGGAGCUCAAAAGCGCACUUGCACACACCAGAGGAGAGGAGGAGAUGGGCACAGGAGCAGCACAGGGAACAGGUGUCAAACAGUGCAGAGCAGCCAAGAAAACAGCAACGCUCCGAUCUCAAUGGACCUCUGGAGAACAACAACGUCCCUGAGCCAUCGAAGAAGACGGCAUCUUUCCCCAGCUUUGUCGAUGUGCCAGGGCCGUGCGAGCCUGAGGACCUCAUUGAUGGGAUCAUCUUCGCUGCCAACUACCUGGGUUCCACACAGCUGCUGUCAGAGAGAAACCCAUCUAAAAACAUCCGCAUGAUGCAGGCGCAGGAGGCUGUGAGCCGAGUCAAGAGAGUUCAGAAGGCAGCCAAAAUCAAGAAAAAGGCGAACUCUGAAGGGGACACACAGACGCUAACUGAGGUGGACCUCUUCAUCUCCACCCAGAGGAUCAAAGUCCUCAACGCCGACACACAGGAGACGAUGAUGGACAAUGCCCUGCGCACUAUCUCAUACAUCGCUGACAUUGGAAACAUUGUGGUUUUGAUGGCACGCAGACGCAUGCCACGCUCCGCCUCACAGGACUGCAUCGAGACUACCCCAGGUGCUCCAGAGGCCAAGAAACAGUACAAGAUGAUCUGCCACGUCUUUGAAUCCGAAGAUGCCCAGCUCAUAGCCCAGUCCAUCGGUCAGGCAUUCAGCGUGGCCUACCAGGAGUUCCUCCGUGCCAAUGGCAUCAACCCAGAGGACCUGAGCCAGAAAGAGUACAGUGACAUCAUCAACACACAGGAAAUGUACAAUGACGACCUCAUCCACUUCUCCAACUCAGAGAACUGCAAGGAGCUGCUGUUGGAAAAGCAGAAGGGUGAAAUUCUGGGUGUAGUAAUAGUGGAGUCUGGCUGGGGCUCCAUCCUGCCAACAGUGAUUCUAGCUAACAUGAUGAAUGGAGCACCAGCCGCACGCUCAGGGAAGCUCAGCAUCGGAGAUCAGAUCAUGUCCAUCAACAACACUAGUCUGGUGGGUCUGCCACUCGCCACCUGUCAAGGCAUCAUUAAGGGUCUGAAGAACCAGGUGCAGGUGAAACUGAACAUCGUGAGCUGCCCUCCUGUGACCACAGUGCUCAUCAAAAGACCUGACCUCAAAUACCAGCUGGGCUUUAGCGUGCAGAAUGGCAUUAUAUGUAGUUUGAUGCGUGGCGGUAUAGCUGAGCGAGGAGGGGUCCGGGUUGGCCAUCGGAUCAUUGAGAUAAAUGGCCAAAGUGUGGUGGCCACAGCCCAUGAGAAGAUUGUCCAAGCAUUGUCCAACUCUGUGGGUGAGAUCCAUAUGAAGACGAUGCCAGCGGCUAUGUUUAGGCUCCUAACUGGCCAGGAGACGCCCAUGUACAUCUGACUGAAUGAAUGACGUCUGUGGAUUAUUUAAGACUUUUAAAACGACACAUCUCUGUCUUUGGUCAGAUCAUGUCUCUUCUUUUGCUUCACAGAUAAUAACUUGUUUUCUCCUAACCCCCAUAUAACAGUUGGCCACUUUCCAAUGAUUCUGUGGAUUUCGUUCUUGGCAUCAUGUGUAUACGCAGUGGCCGUUCAGUCAGAUGAUAAAAGACUGAGGCAAUACACAUUUUUUUCUUAUAUGCAAAUAAAAAAAAGGGGAGCUCAUGUAUAUUUAUUUCAGCUUCCCUUUCAGUUCUUUGUUUUAUUUAUUUUUAAUUAUCGAUUAAAUGUCUUGCUCCUGUCUGUGAACUAUGUUGGAAAGUUUGUGCUGUAAAUAUUUAUUCAUUCUAUCGGAGGAUAGGAAAAGCAAAGCCAGGAUGAAGAGUCCGCCCAUGUAAUGCCCAAAAAUAGCGAGAAUGGUGGCUGUAUCUGGAUUGGGAAGAGCUGUGCCAAAAUAAACUCAGCUACACAGCUCCUUUUAUCAAUGUAGCUUCCUGAACUGUCUGCAAAUACAAUAGUAAUUCCAUUCAAUAUUUAACAUUUUUCUGUGGUACAAGAUGUGUUUUGCUUUCCCUCGUGCAAGUGCAGAGAAUUUUACAGUAAAGCCAUGUAUAAUUUUAUUCCUUAGAGUAAACACAAGUUUUAUAACACAUGAAUAAAAACCUUAAAAUCAAUUGAUAAAGGACAUGAAAUGACACGUUUUGAAAGUUAUUACCCUUGUAAACAAAACAUUGUUACGGGGAACGCAGAAUGCAAGCAGAAAUCACCGAAGUCUAGCCAAGUGUAAUUUUUUUGCCCAGAUUUUAUUUGUGUACAAGCUUUAUAUCAUUUGUUAAGCAUGACUUCAGACCCUUCAUGUCUCGACAUCAAACUACUACAGUACAGUGGCUGAGGUAUCAAACAGACUAACUAGCAUAUUGCUAUUGGUCUAUUGCAGAAAUGAUAUGGUGCAUGUCUGUUUGCCUCACAUUAUAAGUUGCAGCACAGGCUAGAGGGGAAAAAGCACAUCUUGUAGUCUUUUGAGCAGGCAGAAUUUAGGGCGAGUGCAAAAUCAGUUACUUACAGUUCAAACUGUAUUAGGUUGAAACCCAUAUGCUUCUAUUUUAGAUUAUUUUGCUGAGCAUUUCAUAAGAUAUACUU